AUGUCCGCCCCGUCCUCGGAGAAGCCUUCGGAUGUCAAGGCUGUGAUCAAGAGUGUGGACAUGUCUGAGGAAAUGCAGGAGACCGCGACGCAGAUGGCCGUCACUGCGCUCGAGAAGUACGCCGUCGAGAAGGACGUCGCCAUGUACAUCAAGAAGGAGUUUGACAGGUUGUACAACACGACCUGGCACUGCGUCGUUGGAAAGCACUUCGGAUCCUUCGUCACCCACGGUGAGUGA